AAGGCCAAGAAGAGCUUGGAGACGUACAAGAUCUACAUCUUCAAGGUGCUCAAGCAGGUGCACCCCGACAUCGGCAUCUCCUCCAAGGCCAUGUCCAUCAUGAACUCCUUCAUCAACGACAUCUUCGAGAAGCUCGCCGGCGAGUCGGCCAAGCUGGCGCGCUACAACAAGAAGCCCACCAUCACCUCCCGGGAGAUCCAGACCGCCGUGCGCCUCGUCCUCCCCGGCGAGCUCGCCAAGCACGCCGUCUCCGAGGGCACCAAGGCCGUCACCAAGUUCACCUCCUCCUAGAUUGCUGCCGUCCGUCCGAGUCUGUUUCGUAUGGUCUGGUCUGAAUUUGUUCCCGUGUUAAAACAUAUUACAGGGGGUUAGAUUCCCCUAUCGAACAGUGUAAAAUGAGUCCAAUUUGCUGAAUCAAAGAAUCAUCCAGUGGUUGUUACAAA